AUGUAUACCGAAAGCCCAGCGAAAGCCAGGGAGCCUCUGGCACCUUCGGCCCAUUCUGCGCCUACCAGUGUUGCCGAAGCACCAACAACUGAGCAGAAAUCGCUGCGAUCAGUUGUAACAACCCCCAACGUCCCAGAGACAGAUCCGAAGUCUGAUAAACUUGACUUGCCGAUGGCACAGUCCGAUGUGGUCAACCUGAAGGCCCAGAUGGAAAAUCUCCAGGUGAAAGCCACCCCUGAAACCCUCACCCGCGCCCAGCAUCGCACUCUCCGGUUUGGUAGGGCGAGGCAGCCUCAGAAGUUCGAGUGGCCUGAGUCAUGGGCGUACAGCCCUGAGGACCCAACGGCGCACCACAUCAACAUGAUGAGGGGCAGAGAGGCCGACGAAAGGCGUCGCCCUGGGGGGACUGUUUUCAACAAGGAAGGGCCAAUCACCCAAAUUUACGCCAGGCAGUAUUUGCCAGGCAACAGCGACAAAGUUAUCGUUGCAUUCACCAAGCCGACAAGCGAUGAGGACGGCACAACCUUUGCCAAAUACGUUGAACUUGACAGCGAGGAGGAGGCCACAGCCCGAGCCGAAGUAUACACCCCCUUUGUCGUUGGUGAGCUGCCUAUUAAGUUUGUUGGUAGAUUAGGGUGA